AAAGCAGCGAAGAUUUACCGGCGCGCCGUGGAGCUCGGAAGCGUGGACGCGAUGGUAGACCUUGGGAUAUUGUACAACAAUGGAAGUGGUGUCAAGCUGGACAAGAAGAAGGCGGAGCGGCUGUAUCGCGCGGCCGCGGACCGGGGCGACGCGGCCGCGCAAAACAGACUAGGGGCUUUGCUUCAUUCUGAGGAGAAAUUUGAAGAGGCGGUCCGGUACUACGCGCUCGCCGCGAAUCAAGGCUAUGCCGCUGGAGAGCUCAACCUUGGCAGCUGUUACGGGAACGGACAAGGCACGGAAGUCGACCUCGGCAAAGCCAGAUACUGGUAUGCGCGCGCCGCUGCCAAGGGCCACGAGACAGCGAUUACGUUUUUGGGAAGUGCGUACCGCCUCGGUCGGUUUGGCCUCGUGAAAUCCGAUAAGAAAGCCGCGAAGAUUUACCGGCGCGCCGUGGAGCUCGGGGACGUGGACGCGAUGGCACAUCUUGGGGAUUUGUACCGGACUGGAAGUGGCGUCAAGCUGGACAAGAAGAAGGCGGAGCGGCUGUAUCGCAUGGCCGCAGAUCGGGGUGUCGCGAUCGCGCAAUACAAUUUAGCGCGUGGACUUGAUGCUGAGAAGAAAUUUGCAGAAGCGUUCCGGUACUUCGCGCUCGCGGCGAAUCAAGGCUUUACCGAUGCGGAGAAUAGCCUUGGCUGUUAUUACAUGGACGGAGACGGCACGGAAGUCGACCUCGGCUUAGCCAGAUACUGGUUCGAACGCGCCGCUGCCAAGGGCAGUGAGCGAGCUACGAGGAACCUCGCAGACCUCGACGCGCGAGUAUAG